AGGACAUUUUCGUCUUUUCAGUUUUUUCUUUUGCGAUAAGACAGCUCCUUUCACCAUUUCUAUAAAUAGCGCUUUCUGAAGGACAUUUUUAACACUGAAAAAGAAUAGAACAAAAUCUGUCUGAUCUAGGGUUUUUUGAAAAGCAAAUCGAUUGAAAAUGGCACUUGCAAAGGCUAAGGAAAUUGUUUCUGCUAAUCCAGUUGUGGUCUUCAGCAAGACGUACUGUCCGUUCUGCGUUAGCGUCAAGGAUUUGUUGGCAAAGCUUGGGGCUUCUUUCAAGGCUGUUGAGUUGGAUUCUGAAAAGGAUGGAAGUGAGAUCCAGGCUGCACUGGCUGAGUGGACUGGUCAGCGAACUGUGCCAAACGUCUUCAUUGUGGGGAAGCACAUUGGUGGCUGUGACGCCACAACUGCCUUGCACAGGGAUGGGAAGCUUGUUCCUCUGCUAACUGAGGCUGGGGCAAUUGCUAAAUCUUCUACAGCUUAGAGGAUCAGAUAGUCGGGUUGUUUAAAGAAUCAAAUCUCGUGAACUUAUCCCUUAAAUAAAGUGAAUUAUGUUUCUGUAGCUAUGUUGUUAAGUUGACUGUUAGUUGAUGCUUCAAAGAAUGUUGAACGAAAUAGUUCAUAUGAAAAUUUUGCUUGAAGCCUGA